GCGGCGUUACAUUAUCUUUUAUUAUUCCAAAAAGAUGAGUCAAAUGCUAACUUAGCUCCCGAUGCAACAGAUGGAGAACUGAAUGUCAAUAAAGACAACAUGGCUGGAAGUCCCGAACAACAUUCAUUUACUGCGUCCUAUGAAGUCUGUGAGGGAGGGUGUGGCAACGGCAAUGACACAAAUUUUUCAAUGAUGUUCCCUUUAUUUGUUGGAAGUUACGGAAGACAAGCUUAUAAAGAACCAUAUCCAAAUGAAAACAGAGAUUUUGAUCAGAUUCCAAGUGUUAUUGAAACCACCAUGUAUCCUUUAGUGUCCUGCUUUCCCAUAAGGGCAACGAUUAAUAAGGUCAAUAACCACAUGACUACAAGUACUGGGUAUCCGGCAUACGAGUACAGCACGGUGUACAGCACGCCCGCCAUCCACACUCGCACUCGAAGCACCGGCUACCCCGGCUACGGCUACACUGAGAACACGCCUGAUAUGGACCAUGGCUCCGAAGAUACUGUCGAUACUGAUGAAACUUCACCCACUGAAAAAUUAACUACCCCUAAUAAUAAUAAUGAUUUUAAAUUUACAAAAAGUACUGCAUUUCCUACGUAUAAAACGUUAAUGUCCAAGUUACUGCGUAAGUUUGCUGAUAGAAUUUCUCCGGGUAAUUAUUUGCCGCCACAUGAAUCAGUCAGAAAGACUAAAAGUCUACAUUUUUCGGACAAGAACACGCAUGGCGUAGACACUAUCCCCGGCGGAGACGCUCGUAAAAUGAAACUGCCCAUGAGUUUGGAUGUCUGGAGAGGUGAUCCUUUGAACCUGUUAAGACCGAUACAAAUAUGGAGGGCUCAAUACGAGUACAGCAAUAAAAACUACGAAGAACAAGGAUCAGAUGCUGACUCAGCCGCCGACGCCACAGAUGGAGAACUGUAUGUAAAAAAAUUGCUCAACAAAGAAGCAUGAUCAUCAACACUCUAAGCACUGUCUACCCGGGCCAAACUGAAACUGAGGAUGGAAAUAAUGAUAAAAAUUCGACUACUGAAGAUGGAGGUGGGAAUAAAAAUACAGAUUCGAAUUUAUAUCCCAUCGCUAAUCAUUCAAAACUUACAAUAAGUACUGUAUUUCCUACAGAUAAAACAUCAUUGACCAGAAUGCUGGGAAAGUUCGGAAUUAGAAAAGCUCAGGGUAGUUAUUUACCGGAACACGAAUUAAUUAGAAAAACCCAAAAUCUACACAUUAGAGACAAGAGCUCGCAUCGCGUUCACACUGUCCCCGGACAAAACGACCGAAGGAUGCAACGGACUAUGAGUUCGAAAGUCUGGAGAAAUAAUGUUCCUUCACACCGCUUAAGACCGUUACAUAUAGAGUGGACACGGCGGCAAAAACAUAUUGGCUUAGUACCUUUUGGAAUUAUGCCCGUGUUGCCAAUCACAUCAGAAAAAACCCGAGGGCAAUAAUUUUUUAUAAACAAGUAGUAA